UCUGGUCAAUUUACACACGUAAAAAUGUCCAAUAAUGUUCUGGUGUUCCACACGUAGGCUACAGAGACCCGCUUUUUCAGGUAAGAUUAUGAAACAUCUGUAGUAUGUUUUUAAAUGCCAGUUAGAUACAUAUAUUCAUAAAUAUGACAACGUAUAAAAGAGACAUGAACGUGGCUGAUUUGAAAUUGCCAUGAUCUCUAUGAACUCGUCUCGUACCCGCGGGCGCCCCCUGUCAUCAGCACCAGGCAGCUGCACCUGUUCUUCCAGCGCAUCCCUUCACACUGUCCUCCGGCAUCUUACAACAGUGCACCCGUCACAUCGCCGUUUAAUCGUGUUUAUCAUGCUGGGUACCGUAUUAAAACAACUGAAAAGCCACCCGGCUUUGAUUCCUUUGUUUGUGUUCAUUGGUGGUGGAGCGGGCAUGUCUGUGCUUUACCUGUGCCGUCUCGCUUUAAAGAAUCCUGACUGCUCCAUUAGAGUGUAUGGCGUGUUGACACACAGAUCUGUCACAGAUGGGAUCGCAAGAACAACCCAGAGCCUUGGAACAAACUGGGGCCAAAUGACCAGUAUAAGCUCUUCGCUGUCAACAUGGACUACUCUAAACUGAAGAAGGACCGACCCGACUUUUAAACAGAGCUUCUGUUAAACAAUGUGUUUUCUUUCCUGAAGGUUUAUUCAGUACAUCAGACAGACUUCAGAAAUGACUGAAACAUCUGAAUCUCCAUUUAAAGAUGGAAGUGCUCCUUUGAAAACACAUACAGCUACAAAGAUAUAAAAAUCUUAUUUAUAGUAUAUAGAAAUCUUAUUUUUAACACUAUUUACACACCCCAAAGAAAAUGCCCCCUUUACUUGUGUUCAUGAAUGUCUGUACAAAUCUUCCUGUUAUCUGAAUAAAGAAAACAGACAGCAAUAAUAAGAGUCAAGAGUUG